AUGACCACCGACGAGCAGCCUCUGACCUCAGGCUGGUGCUUGAAGCAGGAGCCAUGUAGUCCUGACACUAGUGGGGUCCUGGGUCUGUCUCUGAGCUCUCUGGACUCCCCUACAAGAAGCUCCCCCCAACCUAAUGGUGACUACAGAGCAUGCCCCAAGAGGCUGUGCCUAGUGUGCGGAGACGUGGCAUCAGGGUACCACUAUGGCGUGGCCUCCUGUGAAGCCUGCAAGGCAUUCUUCAAGCGUACAAUCCAAGGUAGCAUUGAUUACAGCUGCCCGGCCUCCAAGCGGUGCGAGAUCACAAGGCGCCGCAGGAAAUCCUGCCAGGCCUGCCGAUUUGCCAAGUGUCUUCAGGUUGGGAUGCUGAAGGAAGGAGUGCGCCUAGACCGGGUCCGAGGUGGGAGGCAGAGGUACAAGAGAUUUCGGGAACCCAGUGGGGGGAUCGGUGGAGCACAGAUCCCGCCCGGCUGCCAGAAGCCAUACGCAGGGACAUCAGUUGUGUCACAGCUUCUCAUGGCAGAACCGGAGAAGAUUUACGCCACGCCGGACCCCGGCCUUCCUGAGACGGACAUCAAUGCCCUCAGCACCCUGUGUGAACUCGCUGACCGGGAGCUUGUGCUGACCAUUGGGUGGGCGAAACAUAUUCCUGGAUUCUCCUCCCUCUCGCUGGCCGAUCAGAUGAGUCUACUACAAGGGUCCUGGAUGGAGAUCCUGCUGCUGGGCGUCGUGCACCGUUCUCUACCCUUCCAGGGUGAGCUGGUGUAUGCCGAAGAUUACGUUGUUGAUGAGCUGAGGUCCCGGGUGUGCGGCCUGCGUGACCUCUACCUCUGCACCCUGCACCUGGUCCACAGAUACCGCACCCUCCGGCUCGACAAAGAAGAGUAUGUCACUUUAAAAGCCUUGGUGCUCACUAAUGCAGAUCUCCUGCGCAUAGAGGAUGUGCAGAGCGUGCAGAGGCUGCAGGAUCUUCUUCAGGACGCUCUGCAUGAUUACGACAGUAACCAGUAUCGGGAGGAGCCGCGGAGAGCCGGGCAGCUCCUACUCACCCUUCCUCUGCUGCGCCAAACGGCCAGUAAAGUGGUGCUGCACUUCCACAGGGCGAGAGCUCAGGGCACGGUGUCCAUGCACAAACUGUUCCUGGAAAUGUUGGAGGCAAAGUGUGACCAAUAA